CGUCAUUAAAACAGUCAUCAAGGCUCAAAAAUUUUGUGAAUUUUCACCAUACAGGAAGCUCAGUUCAAAUCUUCGCGUAUUUUACGCAGAGAAAAGUUAAAAUCCUGCGCAAAAAAUGGUGCUCUCGAACGUGAUUCGUGUCGCCGGCCAAUUCAGCCUAACCGGAACUCGCGCAGGAUUGCCAGAGAUUCGUCAGAUGCGACGAAAGUACACUUUCCGGAGCGGAGCCCUGAAGCCCAUGCCUGACAUCACCCCGUUCGGACUAUUCGGUGUCAUUAUGACCGUCAUUCCCGGGCUGCUGAUCGGGGCCACCAUUAGCAAGAACAUGGCCAACUUUCUGGAGGAGAACGAUCUGUUUGUUCCAUCCGAUGACGACGACGAUGAUGAUUAAGCUGAGGGAAUCUUGAAAAUAAUCAAUUUGCGAGGUGAAGUUAAUUUUACCAUUUUUUCCCAAUUGACCUAUUUAAAAUGUUAUGAAUCUUCAAACACCUUAAUUCGAAAAAUGACGCGAAUUUUUUCGGAAUAUUUCGAAUAAAAAAGAACACCCCGUAAAAACUUGUGUGGAAUAAUUGUGCUUGAAAAGUGUUAUUUUAUUAAAUUUGUGGAGUAGAGUUUCUGUUUAUACAUUUGUAAAUACUACUGUUAUUAGAUUUUACCACUGAAAUCAAAUAAAACAAUCCUGAUUAACAUUCUGGAUCCUCUUUACGAUAAAUGAAGCAACUAGCAGAAAGAGAAUAAAUAAAUGUAAAAUUACAACUUAAUCCACUCAUUGAUGAAUGGGGAUUGCUACUGCUUGUUCAACAAUCGUGCAUCAAUAUGUUCAUUACUACAGACCAAUGUUAACCAAUAGAGAGUGGAUUGCUUCCAAUUGUUUGAUAUACCAAUAAAAACAAUAAGUACA